AUGUUUGAGAUGACGGAGCGAGGAGCUAUGGUGGUUUCUUCUUCUAUCUGCUACGUUCCAUUCCGAUUUCCUCAAAUAAAAAAGAGUUUUCCUUUUCGAGACAAAUUCGAGCCGAGCAAGAAGCUAACUCGUAAUCAUCGUCAAUUGAUAAUUCCUCCGGUUUCUCAAUCUUCUUCUCCGGCGACAACGACGGUUGCGAAAUGCAACAUGUACGAUUACGCGGAAAGUGAUGAGAAUCUGGUCGGCGAUAAGCAGUUUGUGCGGUGGUUCCGUGAAGCCUGGCCUUAUUUGUGGGCUCACCGUGGAUGCACUUUCGUCCUUGUUAUCCUCGGCGAGAUCUUAUCCGGUCCCUACUGCGACGCCGUUUUAAAGGACAUUGCAUUUCUUCAUCAACUUGGCAUCAGGUUCGUUCUAGUCCCUGGAACUCAAGUGCAAAUCGACGAGCUUCUAGCUGAGAGAGGACGUGAGCCUACAUACGUGGGACGUUACAGAGUCACAGACUCAGCAUCUCUGCAAGCUGCCAAGGAAGCAGCAGGAGCGAUAUCGGUGAUGAUAGAGGCCAAACUAUCUCCGGGACCUUCCAUUUGCAAUAUACGCCGACAUGGUGAUAGUAGUCGCUUGCACGAAACUGGUGUUAGAGUCGACACUGGUAACUUCUUUGCAGCAAAAAGAAGAGGUGUUGUUGAUGGUAUUGAUUUUGGAUCAACCGGUGAAGUGAAGAAGAUAGAUGUUGAUCGGAUCCGGGAGAGGCUCGAUAGUGGUUCUAUAGUUUUACUGAGGAACUUGGGCCAUUCCAGCUCCGGAGAGGUCUUAAACUGCAAUACCUAUGAGGUUGCAACAGCUUGUGCUUUAGCUAUAGGUGCAGAUAAGCUUAUUUGCAUAAUGGACGGUCCGAUUCUUGACGAGAAUGGACAUCUUGUUCGCUUCUUGACUCUUCAGGAAGCAGAUACGUUAGUCAGGAAACGGGCACAGCAAAGCGAGAUAGCUGCCAAUUACGUAAAAGCUGUUGGCGAUGGAGACAUAAGUAGUCUUCCUGAACCUCUUGGAUACAAUGGGAUGGUGACGACUUCCAGCAACCAUAACGGGAGAGGGAUUUGGGAGAAACACACUCCGACUUUUCAGAACGGUGUUGGAUUCGACAACGGAAACGGAUUGUGGUCUGGAGAGCAAGGUUUUGCUAUUGGCGGUGAGGAGAGACUUAGCCGGUUGUAUGGAUAUCUCUCUGAACUGGCUGCAGCUGCGUUCGUCUGCAGAGGUGGUGUCAAAAGAGUUCACUUGUUGGAUGGUACUAUAAGUGGAGUGCUAUUGUUGGAGCUUUUCAAAAGAGAUGGCAUGGGGACUAUGGUGGCGAGUGAUGUAUACGAAGGAACCCGAGAGGCGAAAAUGGAAGAUCUUGCUGGAAUUAGACAAAUAAUCAAACCCCUGGAAGAAUCUGGGAGCUUGGUUCGUAGAACUGAUGCAGAGCUACUGCAAGCUUUGGAUUCGUUUGUGGUUGUGGAAAGAGAAGGACAGAUAAUCGCUUGUGCUGCUUUGUUCCCUUUCUUUGAAGACAAAUGUGGAGAAGUUGCAGCGAUCGCAGUCGCAUCAGAUUGCCGUGGACAAGGCCAAGGAGAUAAACUGCUCGAUUACGUUGAGAAGAAAGCAUCAGGUCUCGGGCUCGAGAUGCUGUUUCUGUUGACGACGAGAACCGCAGACUGGUUUGUGAGACGAGGGUUUGAGGAAUGCUCUAUAGAGAUGAUACCGGAGGCAAGACGAGAAAGGAUCAAUCUUUCGAGGAGAUCAAAGUAUUACAUGAAGAAGUUGUUGCCAGACCGGAGUGGGAUUUCAGUUGUUAGAACAUUUCAGUACGGUUCUUGA